ACCACCAAGCGACUGAAGUGCUGAUCAAAGGGGAGAGCCUGGCUGAAGAGCAACCAUGCAGCCUGUGGUCCGAGGAGUUUGAAACUAGUCUCCUAGGGUCGGACAAUAACAAUGAGUGCUUCAGUGAUUCUUCUUCUACUUCUUCCAAGGGUCGAGUGAGCGGGAGCUCAGAAUCUGGGGGCAAGCGGGCUAUUCGCAGAGCCACUGACUGGCUGGAAAUGAGGGGAAUAAAAACCAAUAUUAAUAAAUCCUCAGAGAAGAAAGGAGAAUCACCUUCCAGAGGAAAGAGGAAAUCUGAGCGAGAGGAUGAUGAAGAUUAUGAAGAAUUUUCCAGAAAGAAGCAGAAAGUUCCUGCAAGGAAAAAGCAACGAGCUGGGGUGCAACAAAAUCCCAAAUCCAAAGGGCGUUAUGUGCGGAAAGAGCCACCAACGUAUGCAGCAGGCAGUGUGGAGGAACAGUGGUACCUGGAGAUCCUAAAUAAGGGCAGAGUUACCUGUCCAACAUGCAGAGCUGUGGUCAGGAAGACUGUAGAGGGACUGAAGAAACAUAUGGCGAAUUGCAGACAGGAGAUGUUCACAUGUCAUCACUGUGGAAAACAGCUCAGGUCUUUGGCAGGAAUGAAAUACCACAUCAUGGCAGAUCACAACAACCUGCCAAUUGUGAAGGAGGGAGGUGAAUUAGAUGAGCCGUGUGAACGAGACCGCCUCCGGAAGGUGCUGAAGCGAAUGGGAAAGCUAAAGUGUAUGAGGGAGGGGUGUACAGGCAGCUUCACCAGCAUAAUGGGAUACCUGUACCAUAUGAAAAAGUGUGGGAAGGAGGCCUCUGAGUUGGAGAAAAUGGCCAUGAAAUGUCGUCACUGUGGGAAAGCAUACAAGUCAAAGGCAGGGCUUGUUUAUCACCUUAGGUCUGAACAUGGGCCGGUCACUUUCCUCCAUGAAGAAGGGAGGCCUGAGAGUCUGAAGGAAAUGACCCUGGAGCCCAGUAAUGCAGGCAGAGUCCAGAGGAAAUCUGCUAAGGUGGCAGUCUAUUACCUUCACGAGCUAGCUAAUGAAGAGCUGGCCAAGGAGUGGCCUAAGAAGAAGGUUCUACAGGACCUAGUCCCAGAUGAUCGGAAGCUGAAAUACACGCGGCCUGGACUGCCCACAUUUAGUCAGGAUGUGUUGUGCAAGUGGAAAUCGGAGAUAAAGAUGUACCGAAGGGUCCACUGUCCAAACCAGGGCUGUGAGUCUGUAUAUGGCAGUGUCUCAGGACUCAAAUCUCACCUCAGCACCUGCACCUUGGGAGACUUUGUGGCUGGGAAAUACAAGUGUCUCCUAUGUGAGAAGGAAUUCAUAUCAGAGAGCGGGGUCAAGUAUCACAUCAACUCUGUGCAUGCUGAGGACUGGUUUGAUGUGAAUACCACUAACAAAAAAAGCUUUGAGAAGCUGAUGAAAAUCCGCCAGAGAGAAGAUGAGCAGAGAAAGCAGCAAAAGAAGCGUACUGCAGCCCGGAGCAGGAAGAAAAGGCCUGGGACUGUAUCUGCCAAGAAGCUCCUUGGUGCAGGGGCCGAGAGAAGCAGAAGAAGGAGUAAGCGGGGGCAUUCCCAGCUGGGGGACAAUGAGAGCAGGAGCAGCGAGGAGGAGGAGGAGGAGCCGCAAGCUGCACAGAGAGCAGAAACUCCAAAAACCAUCCGCAAACGGGGCAGGAAAUAGAUCAUUGGAGGCAGAGGAGCCAGGAGCCCAGGUCAUGGCACAGCGUCACUCCCUCCCGUGGACAGUGGCACGAGCAGGGUAUCCAGUGUAGUUUGUGCCCUAGUUACAGGCUGAGUUCAGGUUAUGUUAGUUGCUUAUUUAGUGAUUUUAAAUAUUUUAGUCUCUGCUUUUGUUGUCCUCCUCUUAGGGAUCCUCAGCUUUGGUGAGGACAGGUUUCCUUGAUGGAUCUCUGGCACUGGCUGUGCAGGUCUCAGUUGGGGGA